GCCUCAUUUUGGUUACGCAGUUGAACAAGAUGACGGUGACGGGCCUCAAUAUUCUAAGAACCACACCUCUCACUUCUUUCCAUUCCUCAAACCACCUCCUUCGUUCUUAUCCCACCCUUCUCUUCAACUCCCAUUUCGCUUUUACUCCACCCACCGCUCUCAACCCUACCCUUUCCAUUCCUCAACCGAAGCGUCGUUUCCGCGCUGGAAUUGUCGCCAUGGCUGCACCUGAACCCGGGCCUGUCCACAAAUCGGAGGAGGAAUGGCAAGCUAUUCUCUCCCCUGAGCAGUUUCGAAUUCUGAGGCAGAAAGGCACCGAGUACCCCGGAACAGGAGAAUAUGACAAGUUCUUUGAGGAGGGGGUCUACACUUGUGCAGGUUGUGAAACUCCACUCUACAAGUCUACCACAAAAUUCAAUUCCGGUUGUGGCUGGCCAGCCUUCUAUGAGGGUAUUCCUGGAGCCAUAAAUCGCCACCCUGACCCUGAUGGAAGGAGGAUCGAAAUAACAUGUGCUGCAUGUGGGGGACAUCUUGGUCAUGUAUUUAAAGGUGAAGGAUUUCCAACACCCACCAACGAACGACAUUGUGUCAAUAGCAUUUCACUGAAAUUUGGACCAGACAAUGCUUAGUUUAUUGCAAUGUAAUUCACAGGAUGGAUGUGAUGCUCAAGGUUCAUAAAUAAGUAUAUACAGUACUGAAAUUGAGAUUGAGGCUUAUAGUUAAUGGGGUACCUAAGUUAUGUAAGCAUAACCGAUUUAAACCAGCUCUUCCUUUACAUCCCUCCUCUGUCUUGGGUUGUAUUUCAGUAUGUUCACACGUGCUUGCAUUGUUUUCUGAGUCUGUGUUUUGGUAUUAACUGGUUUUGAUGCUAUAGUAUAUAAUUAUGUUUGAACCUUGUAAGUUUAUUUUAAU